GGUGGGUGUUUCUUAUGAAAUUGUUUUGAGUGGAAACUUUUGGAUUGGAGAGAGAAAAGAAAACAAAGAGAAAGAAAUAUCGAUCCAUUUGUUUUGUCUCGAGUCUCCGUUGUGGCAUUGGGCUAUUGUUUACUCUGUUUGUUCCAAUCCAACGUUGGUUGUAGUUUAGGCGUGCGUGCGUGCGUGUGUGUUGGGUGUCCAAAAAGUUGAAUCAGCGACCCCAUGAGACCUCAGAGAACGUCGAUCUACGCCGUCACGUCAUGGGUGAGGCGACAACCCCCAAAGGUGAAGGCUUUUCUCGCCGUCGUUUCCGGCAUGGCGGCUCUUGUCCUCCUCCGCUUUAUCGUCCACGAUCACGACAAUCUCUUUGUUGCUGCUGAGGCUGUCCACUCCCUGGGAAUUUCCGUCCUCAUCUAUAAGCUCAUGAAGGAGAAGACUUGUGCUGGGUUAUCACUUAAAUCCCAGGAAUUAACAGCUAUAUUUUUAGCUGUUAGGCUUUACUGCAGUUUUGUCAUGGAAUAUGAUAUCCACACCAUACUUGAUUUCGCUACUUUCAUAACCACACUGUGGGUUAUAUAUAUGAUUCGUUUUAAGCUGAAGGCUAGUUACAUGGAGGAGAAGGAUAACUUUGCAAUAUACUAUGUGGUGGUCCCUUGUGCUGUGUUAGCAUUGCUUAUUCAUCCAUCAACUUCUCAUCAUUUAUUAAACAGGAUUUCCUGGGCAUUCUGCGUAUAUCUGGAAGCUGUCUCAGUCCUGCCCCAGCUGCGGGUCAUGCAGAACACCAAGAUUGUUGAGCCAUUCACAGCCCAUUACGUAUUUGCACUGGGUGUUGCAAGAUUCUUGAGCUGUGCACAUUGGGUUCUUCAGGUAUUAGAUAGCCGAGGGCAUUUGUUGGUAGCCUUAGGGUAUGGUUUAUGGCCAUCAAUGGUUCUUAUCUCAGAAAUUGUCCAGACCUUCAUCUUGGCAGAUUUCUGUUACUAUUAUGUCAAAAGUGUUUUCGGGGGACAGCUUGUUCUACGUCUACCCUCUGGAGUGGUGUGAUUGAAGAUAUGCUUUGGUGUGAGCUGUCUGUCACACUUAUUUUAACAUAAUCAGGCAUUAUGGUCGGUUACCCUUGUUAGAGUACAUUUUGUGUUGGCUCACUUGUUUGGUUCUUUGGUGGAGUGUAAAGUUGGGGAUGAAAGAAAACCAAGUAUAUUUAUUUUAAGUUACUACGGUUAUUUAUAGUUGGAAGUGCUUUACACAAAGUCUA